AUGCUUGAUCAUAUCAACCUCGACUGGCCCAGCAACACUGGAACCGGCAUCAUCAAUCACGGACCAAGCAACGACCCCCAGGUCUUCAACAUCACCAUGAACGUCGCCUGCCAGUGCGGCUCCAUUGCCUUCCGCACCCCGACCCCCGCCCCGGUCGCUGUCUACCUCUGCCACUGCAACGAAUGCCGCAGACAGUCCUCCUCCGCCUUUGGCGUAUCCGCCACCUUUCCCGCCGCCGACCUGCCGCCGCUGUCUGACCCUGCCCUUCGCGCACGCCUCGGCGUGUGGUCGCGCGCCACCAAGUCGGGCACCACGAUCGACUGCUAUUUUUGCAAGACGUGUGGCGCGCGCAUCGUGCAUCACGGCCGCAGUGCCCAGGGGGUGGCCCGGCCCACGGCGAACAUCAAGGGCGGCCUGAUCGAGGGCCUCAGUCUCGAGGGCGCCUCGCACAUUUGGACCCGCGAAGCCGUUGUGCCUAUUCCCGCCGGAGCUGUCAGCUGGCCCGAGUCGCCGCCGCCGGCGUGA